GGCAUUACAUCUUUAGGAAAAACAAUAUGGCGGCCGCGGGAGGGAAUCACUUGUCCAGUGGCCGGGUCAAUGUUGGAUUGUUACGGGAAUGUGCGAGGAGAGAGCUGCUUCAAUGUUUAAAUAAACAACCAGGAUCUAAGGCCCUAGUUUGGGAUGACAAGCUGACCGGACCUUUUGGUUUGAUUGCUGAGUACAAGUUGCUGAGGGAACAUGAAGUUGAAGUCAUGUUUCCUCUUCGUCCUGGACGCUUACCUCCUUCUCAGGUUCAUAACAUUAUUUUCAUAACAAGACCUAAACCCUCAUUGAUGGAUAUAAUUGCUGACAAUGUUCUCAGUGAAGAAGGUAGAGAAAGCAAGAAAAAAGAUUUUACUAUCCUGUUUGUUCCAAGAAAAACUAUGUUAUGUGAAAGAAAGCUUGCGGAGCGGAAUGUAUCAUUUCUUAAUAUUGAUGAAUAUCCACUGGAACUGAUACCCCUGGAUAGUGACGUUUUGUCACUAGAAAUGGACUCAAGCUUCAAGGAAUGUUACUUGGAAAAUGACUUCACAUCCUUGUUCUAUGUUGCAAACUCCUUGAUGACACUUCAGACAUUGUAUGGCACAAUUCCCAAGAUUUAUGCAAAAGGAACCAUGUCAAAGAGAGUCUUAGACAUGAUGAUGCGCAAGAAACGAGAAGCAGCUGAUUCAGAAAACCAAGUCUCCCCAGAGAUUGACACGUUACUGUUGAUAGACCGUAAUGUGGACUUGCUUACCCCAUUAUUCACCCAACUUACUUAUGAAGGGCUGAUAGAUGAACUUUAUGGAAUACACCACACCACUGCUAAGUUUCCACCCGAGAGAUUCCCUCAAACCGAGGAGAAAGGCCCAGGCGGAAUGCAACAGCAGCAGCAACAAACUGGACCAAAGAAAGUUGUUUUGAAUUCUAGUGAUGAGCUGUUUUAUGACAUAAGGGAUCUGAACUUCUCGGCUGUGGGAAUACAUCUGAGUAGGAGAGCCAAGCAGAUCAGUGCUGCUUUUGAGGAACACAAAAGCGCUAAGACAGUAGGAGAAAUGAAACAAUAUGUACAGAGGAUUCCUUUCAUGCAAAGAGCGAAAGCUUCUCUUGCCACACAUACAACAAUAGCCGAGAUGGUCAAGGAACAAACAGAUCCUGAAGAGUUUAGGGAGCGAAUACAAGUUGAACAAGAACUCGCGCAGGGACUGGACACGGACAAAAUCAGCCCAUACAUAGAGAAAUGCUUCGGAAUAAAGAAGCCGCUUUUAACGGUCCUUCGUUUGUUGUGUGCUCAGUGUUUGACAAAUAAUGGCUUCAAACCCAAGAUGCUGGAGUUCUAUUGUCGUGAAAUAUUACAGACAUAUGGUUUUGAGCAUGCGUACAGGACGCUUUCUCCGCUGGAGUCAGCUGGCCUGCUUAGAUUGCAGACGUCUCGAUCUUACAAUGUACUGCGCAAGUCAUUAAAGCUUGUCGUUGAAGACGUACAGGAACAGAAUCCAAACGACAUCGCCUACGUGUUUUCAGGAUACGCGCCGCUGACAGUACGACUGGCUCAGUUUUUGGCUCGGCCUCAGGGCUGGCGAGGACUGGAAGAGGUUCUUCGGUUACUGCCGGGGCCUGUAGUUGAAGAAAUCCAGCGACUACCUCCUGGACUUCAGAAAAGGCCGUCCACCAGUGGAGAGAGUUCUGUUGAUGGUCCACCUAAAGUAACUUUAGUUUAUUUCAUUGGUGGCUGUACACACGCUGAAAUAUCUGCUCUGAGGUUUUUAGCACAACAGGAAAAUAGCCCCACAGACUAUCUAGUGGCCACAACCAAGAUAAUCAAUGGCAAGACUCUAAUUGAGUCUAUUAUGGAGGAAGGCGUGACAGACGAGGCCAACCCUUUUACGUAACACAGCUCAUCGCUGCUUCAAUUGAAAUCUUCAGGACUAUUGGUCUCUUCAUGGUCUUCAUACGAGAUUGUUCCUGAAUCCGCGAAUGCACUCAUUCCCAGAGCCCAUGUGUUUUUGGUCAGUGGUGCUGAUCUAAUGAAACGCAGGCUCAGGACUUUUUUACGGCUUUGAAGUAACAGCCCAUUUCCGAGUUGUCUUUUGCCUCUGUUUCAAAACGAGUCUUCGUGCGAAAGCAUUCAUAUGAAAAUGUGUUCCGCCUUCAUAUGAAGGGUCUUGCAUGAGGACUCGUAUUGAAACAGAGGCCCAAGGCAAUUCAGAAAUGACCUUUUCGUUAGUAAGGAUCAGGGGCACCCAACGGAUCGUUUCGGUAAAUUAUCUGUUCGGAAGGCCUCUAAUCUCCUCUGAUUUUCU